CCCACGACCACGACUAACACAAACUCACUCAAAACCUAUUAACACCAAAUUCUCCAAAAACCUAGAACCACUACAACGGCCUUUUAUAAACAAAAACUCCCUCACUGUCUCCCCCCACAGCCUCUCCUUUUCUUCUCCUUUCUCCUCUGUAUUUCCAUGGCGGCCACCGCUACUAAUCUCUCUCCCCUGUCUAAACCCUCUUCUUUCAAUUCUAAGCCUCAGAUACCUCUAAAAGCCCCUCUUUCUCUCCUCCCCAAAACCCUCCUUAAACCCUCUCUUUUUCAUCGUAGACGAUUGUUGUGUCAAACCCAGAAUAACCAUGCCGCUUUUGCCUCUAAAUAUCCUAUAUCUGGCGUUAUUUCCGCAAAUAAAGAAUAUCCGGAUGAUUCUUCUUUCGAUUCUUUCUUUGAUGAUGACGAUAAGCCUCGUGAAGAGUGUGGUGUUGUGGGUAUCUAUGGCGACCCUGAAGCCUCUCGUCUUUGUUAUUUAGCGCUUCAUGCUUUGCAGCAUCGCGGCCAAGAAGGGGCUGGUAUUGUUGCUGUUAAUAAUAAGGUUUUGCAAUCUGUUACUGGUGUUGGUUUAGUUUCUGAAGUGUUUAGUGAGUCUAAACUUGAUAAAUUGCCGGGUGAUUUAGCUAUAGGUCAUGUUAGAUAUUCUACUGCGGGGUCUUCUAUGCUAAAAAAUGUUCAACCUUUUGUUGCUGGAUAUAGGUUUGGGUCUGUUGGGGUUGCUCAUAAUGGGAAUUUAGUUAAUUAUAGGAAAUUGAGGGCUAUGCUUGAAGAUAAUGGUUCAAUUUUCAAUACUAGUUCCGAUACUGAGGUUGUUUUGCAUCUGAUUGCUAUUUCAAAGGCUAGGCCUUUCUUUCUAAGGAUUGUUGAUGCAUGUGAGCAGUUAGAAGGGGCUUAUUCGAUGGUGUUUGUCACAGAGGAUAAGUUGGUUGCUGUUAGAGACCCUUAUGGCUUUAGGCCUUUGGUUAUGGGGAGGAGGAGUAAUGGUGCUGUUGUGUUCGCCUCUGAGACUUGUGCUCUUGAUUUAAUUGAGGCUACAUAUGAGAGAGAGGUUUAUCCUGGUGAGGUUUUAGUUGUGGAUAAAGAUGGGGUUCAAUCACUUUGCCUAAUGAAGCACCCUGAACCAAAGCAAUGCAUCUUUGAACAUAUUUACUUUGCUUUGCCGAAUUCAGUAGUAUUUAGUAGGUCUGUUUAUGAAUCAAGGCGUCUCUUUGGAGAAAUUCUUGCCACUGAGGCUCCUGUUGAUUGUGAUGUUGUAAUUGCAGUCCCUGAUUCAGGUGUGGUGGCUGCACUUGGUUAUGCAGCCAAAGCAGGUGUUCCAUUUCAACAAGGAUUGAUAAGAUCACACUACGUUGGAAGGACUUUCAUUGAGCCAUCACAGAAGAUUAGGGAUUUUGGUGUUAAACUUAAACUUUCUCCAGUGAGGGGAGUAUUGGAAGGGAAAAGAGUUGUAGUUGUGGAUGAUUCAAUUGUGAGAGGAACUACAUCAUCGAAAAUUGUUAGGUUGCUUAAGGAGGCUGGGGCUAAGGAGGUCCAUAUGAGGAUUGCUAGUCCUCCAAUUAUCGCAUCUUGUUAUUAUGGAGUAGAUACACCAAGUUCUGAGGAGUUAAUAUCUAACAGGAUGACUGUUGACGAGGUCAGAGAGUUUAUUGGGUGUGAUUCACUUGCCUUUCUAGAGUUGGAUAGCUUAAAGAAUUCGUUGGGUGCUGAUUUUCCGUCGUUUUGUUUUGCUUGCUUCUCUGGGGUAUACCCUGUUCAGCCAAGGGGAGUUAAAGUGAAACGGGUUGGUGAUUUUGUGGAUGAUGGGUUGAGUGGACCUGUAGGGGCAAUUGAUGGGGGAUGGGUUCAAGGGCCUAAUACUCAGAAUUUUGAGAAAGUUAGUGAUGUCCAGAAGUUGUCAUCUUUGUAAUGAUAUAUUGUUCCGUGUUACAUCCGAUUUGCAGAACUCAUUGGAUUUAUGAUAAACUAAGAAGUAAUUUACUAUUGAGGGUAUACGCGUGCAAUGCAGAGAGCGGCAGACAUCUCCAGUUAUUCUAAUAUAACCUUUAUACGCUUCCUUGGAUUAAUUGAGGUUCUGGAACUAGAACUUACACAAUUUUGUUGGGUCUUUUAAAUUUUGGACCAUUUAAUUAUAAGAAGUACUGGUUCAUCUUUCUUCGAUGCCUGACAAUUUUGUUAUAAACCUCAAUAAAUUUUAGGUUCUUAUAAUGGUUUCUGUAUGCGGUGAUAAAUGUUGCAUCACUUGCUUGGUACAAAGUUUCAAGUGCAUAUGUAGAAGAUUAAAUAUAGAGAAUUGAUUCAUUCUUUGACUGGCAAGUUGUUCAUGAUUCAUAAUUAUACAUUUGAUAUUAUUUUAAGGGGAGACAUUGUUAUAUUAGAACUUCUGGUUUCAUUUAUACAUGUGGUUGUUUGUCCAUGAGUUCAUAA